UAUCUACCUUGCAGAUCACAGGGAGCUCGGAACUCGCUUUAUGCCAUAAUGGACGGCACCACUGGCCGCUACAUCCUCCUCCCCCUCUUGAUCAUCUCCACUGCUUCACGGAUCGUGUUUUCGCUUGCGGCAGACACCCUGUUGCCAUCCCAAUCCCUCCGAGAUGGACAAACGCUUGUCUCUGCCAACAAGACCUUCGAAUUUGGCUUCUUCAGUCCCGGCAGCUCGACCAACCGCUAUGUCGGCAUAUGGUAUCACAAAGUGCCAAAGCAAACGCUGGUAUGGGUGGCUAACAGAGACAACGCGAUCGCAGACAAAUCCGGUGUGCUCAUGUUCGACGACAACAAUGGGGAUCUCAUACUUUUAGACGGCAGGGGUAGCUCAUCCGUAUUGGCCUCCGGUCUUGGGACGAAUAACAGGGAAGCGACCAUCCUGGAUUCAGGCAAUCUUGUUUUGAGGAGUAGCGAUAACACGUCGAUGGUCUCGUGGCAGAGCUUCGAUCAUCCUACUGAUACUUUCCUCCCCGGUAUGAAGCUUGGACUGAAUCGCCGGCAGAACCGGUUGCUUACGUCAUGGAAAAGCAAAGAUGAUCCUGCUCGCGGAGAUUUUUCUUUAGGCUUCGAUCCUACCGGCAAGCCCAAGUUCCUUAUCUGGAAGAAAGGGACUACUUAUUGGAGCAGUGGGGAUUGGGACGGGGAAAUAUUCAACUUGAUUCCUGAGAUGGCUUCAAACGACAUCUACUUUUUUGAAUUCGUCAGUGACGAACACGAACUGUACGUCACUUACUCUAUCAAGGAUGACUCUAUCAUUUCAAGAUUCAUUAUCGGUAUUUCAGGUCAAAUCCAGCAAAUGAGAUGGGUAGAGAACAAAACAUCGUGGAUGAUGUUCUGGGCUCAACCACGCACCCAAUGCAAUGUGUAUGACCUCUGCGGGGCAUUUGGCGUUUGCAAUGAAGCGAUACAACCAAAGGCUUGCGACUGCUUGCCUGGUUUUCAGCCAGCAUCUUUGCAAGAUUGGACUGAAGGAAGCACAGGAGGAGGGUGCCUCAGGAAAACCAGCUUGCAGUGCGAGAGCGGAGAAAAGCCAGAUAAGUUUGUGGAGAUGCCCCAUAUGAAGUUUAAUGCAAAUGCAACUAAAUUGGAUGUUUCAGAUGCCAAAGACUGUGAAUCAGCCUGCCAUAAACAUUGUAACUGUACCGCUUAUGCCUUCUCCGGAGGUUGUAGCUUAUGGCAAGGGGACCUUGUAAAUCUGCAACAAGUCGACGGUGGUGAAAACAUCAACAUUGGAACUUUGUACAUUCGAGUUGCUGAUUCCGAGUCUCAAGGAGCGCAAGUAUCUGAACCCAAGAUCUCCUCAGAUCAUAAAGGGAAAAAGAGGAAGCUGCUGCAAAUCAUGGCCUCGGUAGCAGCAUCUCUUACAUUACUCCUGUCUUGCUCUCUCGUGUGUUUUCUGUGGUUCAGAAAACGGAGAAGCAGAGACACAAAAAGGUCACACGAGGAGAAAUCAUUACUUGCAUUGGUGAAUCACUUACCAAUUAAGAUCGGAGAAGGCGACAGAGCUGCAGAGUUCUUGCUGUACCAUUUCUCAGAUAUAGAAAAAGCCACAAGCGACUUUUCAGCCGAGAAUAAGCUUGGAGAGGGUGGGUUUGGACCUGUUUAUAAGGGCCAAUUGCCAGAAGGACAGGAGAUAGCGGUCAAAAGACUUUCUGCACGUUCUGGACAAGGGCUACUCGAGUUCAGUAAUGAAAUUAUUCUCAUAGCAAAGCUUCAGCAUAGGAAUUUAGUAAGGCUAUUGGGAUACUGCAUUCAAGGAGAGGAGAAGCUACUCGUCUAUGAAUACAUGCCCAACAAGAGCUUGGACUUCUUCCUAUUCGACUCAACCAGAGGAGCCCUUCUGGACUGGAGCAAGCGCGCCCAUAUCAUUGAAGGGAUAGCUCAAGGCCUUCUUUAUCUUCACAAGCACUCCAGACUGCGUGUCAUUCACAGGGAUCUGAAAGCCAGCAACAUUCUCCUGGACGCGGACGUGAAUCCUAAGAUAUCGGACUUUGGCAUGGCCAGAAUUUUUGGCUCAAACGAAACACAAGCAAACACAAACAGAGUUGUUGGAACAUAUGGGUACAUGGCACCUGAGUAUGCUUCACAGGGUCAAUUCUCGAUCAAGUCUGAUGUCUUCAGUUUUGGUGUUCUGCUCCUGGAGAUCGUAACUGGAAAGAGAAGUGCAGGUUUUCAUCAAUAUGGGGGGAAUGCACUCAACCUUCUGGGUCAUGCAUGGGAACUAUGGAAAGCAGGUAACUGGUCGGAGCUUAUGGAUCCAUCUCUAGGCGAUGGAUGUCCAUCUUGGGAGGUGUCGAGGUGCAUUCAUGUGGCGCUCAUGUGCGUCCAAGAAAACGCUGGUGACAGGCCCACCAUGUCGGAUGUCAUCGCUAUGCUUGGUAAUGAAAGUGUCGCUUUGGCGGAUCCUAAACAGCCUGCUUUCUUCACAGUGGCAACUGCAACCGAGGCAGAACACGCAUCGAUGUUAGCUGCGAAUUGUUCUUUAAAUGAGAUGACCAUCACCACGCCGGAGGGCCGAUACAAAGAGAAUGUUUACAUGAAGGAUGACAAAGGAGACACACUAACCUCAAGCACACCUCUCAGUGACAACCAAACCUUAACCUCCGCUGGAGGAAUCUUUGAACUGGGCUUCUUCAGACCAGGCAAUUCGAGCGAGUGGUACCUGGGAAUAUGGUAUAAGGAAAUCCCAGAUCAACCAAUAGUAUGGGUUGCCAACAGGGACACUCCACUGAAUGGCUCCGUGAGAAUAUUGAAUCUUACUGCUGAUGGAAAUCUACUACUGCUCAACAAAGAUGCAAAUAUUUUAUGGUCAACGAAUACAUCGAAUGCUACUUAUCCAUUACUUCAGCUUUCAGACUCAGGAAAUCUCAUCCUGACAGGAGGAAUCCCAAAGAGCAUAUUAUGGCAAAGUUUUGAUCAUCCAUCUGACACAUUUCUGGCAGGCAUGAAGAUUGGAUUGGAUUUUUCUGCCAAGCUAGACAGACACCUUAUAUCGUGGAAGAGUAGUUCGGACCCUUCUCCAGGGAACUACUCCUAUGGGAUGGAUCCUCAUGGAGUACCAGAAGUCUAUAUAUGGGAAGGAUCUUCUCGGACCUUUCGCACUGGACCAUGGAAUGGAAAAGGUUGGAGUGGCCGUCCUGACAUGUGGACAAAUGGUGUCCUCCGGUUCCACUUUGUUAUGAACCAACAUGAGGUAUACUAUACAUUUGAAAGCUUGAACAAGUCUGUUCAUUGCCGGGCAGUUCUUGAUGCGAGUGGUGUACUGCAACGCUUGGUGUGGUCUACUGCAAGCAAUAGAUGGGAUCUUUUCUGGUUGGUUCCGGAAGACCCCUGCGAUCAAUACGCAACAUGUGGAGCUAAUGGGAUGUGCACCACCAUCUACUCACCUAGAUGCCAAUGUCUGCAGGGCUUCACUCCUAAGUCACCUAAAGAUUGGGAUCUUAGAGAGAAUUCAGAUGGUUGUGUUAGGCGAACAGGUUUAAAUUGUUCAACCGAUGGUUUUUUUCCUUUGCAAAAUGUGAAGCUGCCUGAUACUUCAAAUGCCAGCACUGAGAGCAACAAGACUCUAAAUGAGUGCCAGGACUUGUGCUUGAAGAAUUGUUCUUGCUUGGCAUAUGCUCUGAAUGGAGAGAGUAUGUGUAUAAAUUGGCUUAGUGAUCUUGUCGAUAUUAGGAUGUUUAUAGAAGGAGGUGAUGAUCUGUACAUUCGGCUUGCAGCUUCUGAAUUAGAUUCAAUAAGUAAUUCUGGCAACAAGAUAAGAUUGGCGAUUGCGGUCACUAUUCCUGUUCUGAGUUCUCUUCUGUUGCUGUGUGUUGCUUUGCUUUUAUGGUUGAAGAGAAGAAGAAGAAGGAACCAUGGUAAAGUGAUGAGUUCUCACUCCAUUGGAAGCAAAGAAAGCGAGUUAGAGUUGCCUUUAUUUGAUGUGCGUAGAAUCAAAGCUGCCACUGAUGACUUCUCCGUAGACAAGAUAUUAGGUGUGGGUGGGUUUGGCCCUGUUUACAAGGGUCAGUUGGAAGAUGGGCACGAAGUUGCUGUCAAGAGGUUGUCCAAAAAUUCCAUUCAAGGCAUAGAUGAGUUCAAAACUGAGGUUAUGUUAAUUGCCAAACUUCAACAUCGGAAUCUUGUCCGCUUACUUGGCUACUGUAUUGAGGAUGAGGAAAGAAUGCUGAUCUAUGAGUACAUGCAAAAUACAAGUUUGGAUGCUUUCAUAUUCGAUAAAAGAAAGAGCAGUCUAUUGAAUUGGCAAAAGCGCCUUGACAUCAUAAUAGGGAUUGCUCGUGGGCUUCUUUAUCUUCAUCAAGAUUCUAGGUUGAGAGUCAUUCACAGAGAUCUGAAGGCCAGCAAUAUUCUCCUUGACCAUGAGAUGAAUCCGAAAAUUUCAGACUUCGGCACAGCAAGGACAUUCAGAGCAGGCCAAACCGAGGGGAACACAAAGAGAGUAGUGGGAACAUGUGGAUAUAUGUCCCCGGAGUACGCGAUGGGCGGGCUCUUUUCAGAGAAAUCAGAUGUUUUCAGCUUUGGCGUAAUGCUACUGGAAAUCUUGAGUGGCAAGAAGAAUAAUGUGGUCCUUCAGGCAGAUCAGCGUAUAAAUCUGUUAGGACAUGCUUGGAUGCUGUGGAAACAAGGUAGAUGCUUGGAGCUGCUGGAAGAAUCAAUCGGCCACUCUUACCCUGUGUCUGAAGUGUUCAGGUGCUUCCAAGUUGGUUUAUUAUGCGUGCAAGAAGGGAGCGAAGACAGGCCAACAAUGGGAGAGGUUGUUCUGAUGCUAAGCAGUGAAUCGGUCAUGCUACCUCAACCUAAUCGGCCUGGUUUCUAUGUCACUCGGACUUCCAUAGGAGAAGAUUGCUCUCCCAGUGAGAUCACAAUGACCGAACUCGAAGGCCGUUAAAAUUACAGUGAAUUUUGUGGAAAAUUUGUAAUGUUUUCCAGGAACCAUGUACAUAUUAUUACGUUACUGGUCUUCACUAUCAGCAAUUGACCAUGGAGUUCUUCUUGUUUUUGUAAUGAUUACAACAAUCAUCGUUGAAUGUGAUGUGCCUAUAGUUGAUAA